AUGGAUGAUUUUGUGCGGAAGAAAUUGAUUGAAUGGGAUCUGAAAAAGUGGAGGGAUAAAUUUGACGAUGAAGAAAUUACAGAGGAAAGUUUCUAUGAACUUAACGAUGAACUCAUAGAUAAACUGAUUCCAAAAAUGGGACCAGGAUUAAAAUUCAAGAAGAGACUCAAGCAGUUAAAGGAAAAACAACAUGCAAAUCAGGAAACAGUUCAUUGUUCUGCUCAAGUUUUCCCAUCCACAAGUGAGGAAGGGAAGAGAAAGUUUGAAAAUCAGGACAAGUCCAGCAAACAGCAACCAUCACCUAAACGACGAUGUAGCUCCAAACCAAGACCAUUCUCAGAAACAUUCAUACUGUCUGAUGUAAAAGACAUCAUGAGAAAAGUUCGUACCAGACUACAUGACCAGGACAAGCUCAAUGUUUUCCUGAAGAAAAAAAUCAGUGAUUUGAAGACAGACAAGAGGGAGCUGGUUGGUGUCUUUGGUAAAACUGGAGCUGGAAAAAGUUCUCUGAUAAAUGCCAUCAUUGAAGAGAAGAACCUUUUGCCCUCUGGAAGCGUCAGUGCAUGCACCUCAGUCAUGAUAAAAGUGGAGGCUAACAUGCACAGCUCUAACUAUGAGGCAGACAUUGAGUUCAUCACAACAGAGGAGUGGAAAGAUGAGUUGUGGCCAUGGCAGCAGAUUCUUGGGGAUAAUGAAAACCGUAAAAUUGAAGCUGAUGAUGAUUAUCGUGACAUUACUGAAAAGCUGUCAGCACUCUAUGGGGAAGAAUGGAAACAAAGGUCCAUUGAAAACCUCAUGGACAGCAAAUAUUUCAAAGAAAUUCCCGAAUUUCUCCAAUGCAAAAGGAAGAUUUUGACAUGUGAAUCAGCUGACAAACUCUCUGCAAGUUGUGUCAAAUACACAAGAAGUGACUCUAAACAGGCGGAUGGUAAAAAUGUAAAGAGGUGGUACUGGCCACUAGUGAAGUGUGUGACUCUCAAGGUGCCAAACAACGAUUUCCUCCAACAUGUCACACUUGUGGACCUUCCUGGAAAUGGUGACCGCAACAAGAGUCGAGACAAAAUGUGGAAACAAAUUGUUGAAGAUUGUUCUAUUGUGUGGAUUGUAACUGAUAUUAAUCGAGCAGCAUCAGAAAAAGAAGCCUGGGACAUCCUGCAAAGUGCCAGCAGCCUCAUUGGAAAUGGUGGCGAAUGUCGGCAAAUUCACUUUAUCUGCACUAAGUCAGAUCAGAUUGAAGAUUAUUCAGCAGCUCAGCGCCAUAAACGUAUAGUUGAAAGAAACAUAGAAGUCAAGGAAGAAGUGAGAAAAGAAUUCCGCAAGCUGGACGAAAUUAAGAAACACUUCACUGAUGACUGUUUCAAAGUGUUCACAGUGAGCUCCAAAGAGUUUUUUAAAAAGAAGCGCUUAAAUCCAGAUGAAACUGAAAUACCAAAACUUCAGGAAUCUUUGCAAGAUCUCAACGACUGUCACUCAGAAACCUUAAACUACGUGUCUGGAGCUCACGGGAUUCUGUCUUUGAUUCAAGGGGCCAACUGCAGAGGAGUGGCUGUUAAAAAAGCAGAAGUGUGUAGAGAACUUGAGAGAAACAUGAAACAUCAACUUAAUCAACUUGCAAAAUCAAUGGGAGAUGCCAAUAAGACUUUUAACAAAUGCCUCACAGAGGGAGUUGAAAAAUCCAUCAGUUCCUAUGAAAAAAAAUUGAAGUCCUUCUUGUACUUGAGAAAGAAGGGCAGCUCUUUUCACUCAACCCUGAAGUGUGUUGUUCAGAAUAAGGGUGUCUACAAACCAAAAAAAGGGAAACAAAUAAACAUCAACCUGAUGUUAGUUUCAUGGUUGAUGGACAGCAUUGAUGAAGAAUUCAGAAAGACCUUUCCAAAUGAAGUAAAAUGUGGAUCAUUCAGUGGAGCGAUCGAUACUUUUUCACUUAACACCAAUUCUCUGAAUACAAAAUGCAAAGCUGUCGAACUGCAACUGAGAUUUCUCAAGACAGAGGAAGAAAAAAUCAAAGCAAAAAUCAACAAAAUCAUCCGGAAGGAGAAGAAAAAGAUUUACAACAGUCUGACAGAGACAAUUGAAAAAGUUAUGGAAGAAAGCUACAGCAAGGCAGCAGCAUUCAGAGGAGACGGCAUGCUGAACAACAUGAGGGAGACUAUUGAGCGGCAUGUGCACUCAAAUAAGCACAUGUUUGGGCUGGCAAAAAAAACCAUGUUGGUCAAGCUGAUUGCAUUGAGGAAACACAUCCUGGAGACACUGCGGAAAACAAUGAAGGAAUCCAUUGAACUCUCACUCAAGACCAAUGACUGCUCACUCCCAGAUGUUUCAGCUGAGCUUGUAACGGUGAAGAACCAUUAUGAUAAACUUGCAAGCAGCCCAUAUAACAGAUGAAGAAAUUUCACUAGCUGGCCCCAACCGGUUGCAGCAG